AGGCGCCCACUAUGGAGCAGAUACUUUAAGUAGCUAUGUAUAAAUACAUAUAAAGUGAAUAUCUUCAAAUUAUUGUUAAGUAUGUAGAUUACACUUUAAGGUGAAUCAUGUUCAAUGUAUUUUAUCUCGAACUAUGAGCUAGCUGACGGAUAUAUGUAUAUGUAUGUCGAAACAUUUGAUAAAAAUAUUAAUCUUAUCAGAUCUGAUGAUGUAGAUGCAUAAAAGAUACAUCUGGCACAGUUAUAGAGACCAACUGCAAAAAAGAAAAAGAUAUAUUAUUAUUAGAGAAAUAAUUAGUAGCACAAUCACAUAGUAUACAGUUGCACCUGCACAAUAAAUAUUGGAAAACAGCUGUUUGACCUACCUCGGAGCUGUUUAUAACAACUUUGUCCUAAAAUUACUAUUAAACAUAUUAUGGCUUCAAUUUUAUAACAAUGUAUAAUCACUAUUUUUCACAAUUAGAAUUGCAAACAUUAUUUCAUGUCGACUCAACAAUUUAUUUACAAAGUGAAUUUGAUCAAUGCGCACCACACGCUGAUACAAUGCGACUACAUAUUUCAAAUGGAAGCCAACACAUUUGAAAUAUGUGUGAAACAGUGACUGAUUAGCAAUGUUCAAGUGAAACAUACAGUAAAUCAUUUUGUUUGUAAACAUAAUGACUUCUUGAUCACUGAAGUAAAUAUUUUGCAACAAUAAAAAGAUGGUAAAUAAGAAAAUGAAACUAUUUAUAUGGUUCAGUCGGUCGAUAAGGUAGGAUACGCACACGAUCUAAAACAGUUUUAACUAUCGCAAGGAGACCGAAACUUGAGUCGAAAGUUAAACAGCUUGAUGAAGCUAAAGAAAGUAUAACAUAUGAAUAUCGUAUUCAUUCAACAACGUGGUACAACAUUAGUAUAAAAAAGUGGAUUUUCCUGAUGUGUGCUAUAGUUUGCAGUAGUUGUGAUGAGAUGAAGACUGUCCUUAUAUUGGUUGGGUUCAUUGCCCUGGUGAGGGGAGUAACCCUUCCACACGGACAUAUCAAAAUGAAGAACGUUGAAGAACCCUUUAUUGAGCGUCAGAAACAAAUUUUAGCCCUUUUUGAACAUUCAGAACAAUUAAACCUACACUCUGAGUACUAUGAACUGGGCAAAUCUUACAGCAUUGUGGAUAACAUCGACAAUUACAGUAACCAAGAUGCUGUCAAAGAAUUCUUGAUAUUAUUGAAAACAGGUUUUCUGCCAAAAUAUCAUAAAUUCUCCGUCUUCUACGAAAGGAUGAGGAAUGAAGCCGUCGCCAUGUUUUACAUCAUGUACUACGCUAAAGACUUCGAAACCUUCUACAAAACUGCGUCCUGGAUGAAAAUCAAGAUGAAUGAAGAACAGUUUUUAUAUGCCUACUAUAUCGCCGUGGUUCAAAGAGGAGACACUACCGGCAUCGUUCUUCCAGCUCCCUAUGAAAUCUACCCGCAGUUUUUCUUCAACAAGGAAGUAUUGCUAAGAAUGUACCGCACCAAAAUGCAGGGUGGUGUGUUCAAUGCUGAGGCUGCGGCCAAUUAUGGCAUUGUGAAAGAGAAAAAUUCAUAUGUGUACUAUGCUAAUUACUCUAACGGCUUAACUUACCCAAACCAAGAGCAAAAGUUGUCAUACUUCACUGAAGAUAUCGGCUUGAACUCGUACUAUUUCUACUUCCACACACACAUGCCUUUCUGGUGGAAAAUUGAAAAACUAAGUAUCCUAAAGAAUCGCACUGGUGAAUUUUUCUUCUACUACUAUCAGCAACUUCUAGCAAGAUAUUAUUUGGAACGUCUUACAAACGGAUUAGGUGAAAUUCCUGAGUUUUCGUGGUACUCUAAAUUUGAAACUGGAUACUACCCACAAUUGACAGGAAACUUCUUGCCUUUCGCCCAGAGAAGUAACGAUUAUGAAAUACAUAAUGAAAAUACUUACGAUUACAUCCGCUUCCUUGAUACCUACGAGAAAACAUUUUCCCAAUUUCUUCAAAAAGCAGAAUUCAAAUCUCCUCAGAAUGAAUUAAACUUCAUUGGCAAUUAUUGGCAUAUGAACUCCAAUUUCAAGGACGAGAAAAUUAAUAAGGACCUGCAUCAGUAUUCUUAUGAAAUAAUUGCUCGUCACGUCCUUGGUGCUAGCCCCAAGCCAGUUGCCAAAUAUGAUUUUAUGCCUUCUGCUCUGGAUUUCUACCAGACUUCCAUGCGUGAUCCUGCCUUUUACCAGCUUUAUCAGAGAAUUAUUAACUACCUUAUUGAGUAUAAGGAGUAUCUCGAGCCUUAUGAUUACAGUGAUCUUCGAUUCGAGGGAGUUAAGAUUAAUGAUGUGAAAAUUACCGAGUUGGUCACUUACUUCGAUUAUUUUGACUUUAACGCUACGAAUGGUGUCUAUUUCAGUCAGGAUGAGCUAAAUUAUUAUCCAACUGCCUAUAUUAUUCGUCAACCUCGACUAAAUCAGAAACCGUUCACAGUAAAAAUUGAAGUCACUUCUACUGUACAGGUAGAUGCCGCCUUUAAGAUUUUCAUUGGACCCAAAUAUGACCCGACCGGAUACCCAACUAACAUUGAAGAAAGCUGGAUGAAAUUCUAUGAAUUGGACUGGUUCUUGUAUAAACUCGAUGUUGGUGAGAACAAAAUAGAACGUAAUUCAAGCGAAUUUUUAUUCUUCAAAGAUGACUCUAUUCCCAUCAACGAAAUCUACCAGUGGUUAGAAAAGGGAAAGGUACCUUAUGACAUGUCUGUUCAGCCUGACAAUAUGCCCAGGAGAUUGAUGUUACCCAAGGGUAUUCCUGGUGGUUAUUCAUUUCAGUUGUUUGUGUUCAUCUACCCAUACAACAACCAAACGGGUGACAAUCCCUUCCAGAACUACAUAUUGGAUAAUAAGCCCUUUGGAUAUCCAUUCGACCGUCCUGUGCGUGAGGUUUACUAUGGACAACCCAACAUGUUUUACGAGGAAGUACAAAUCUACCACAAGGGUCCAUAUUUUUCUUAUGAGAUGAAUGUUCCUUCAUAUUUCCAAUCGCCACCAAUGCAGUAAAAAUAUAAUGACUAAAGUACUUAAAUUUAGACUAAUAACUACAAUUAAUAUUGCAAUGGAAUUAAAACUUUUUUAUAAUUA